CACGUUUAUUUACAAUCGCGAAGCUUCCGGUGUUGCGGAAGGCUCGGAUAAUGCAUCGACCGUUCAACUUGGAGCUGGCAAGGGCGAUAUAAAAGAUGCGCUUGCUCCGUCGCCGGAGAACGAUGCAAGAAAAUUCCAACUUUGUGAGAAAUUAUCAGCAAUUAUCAGUACUAGUAAUUGGAUGCCAGAAGAAGUACCAGAAUGGGGAGUUCAAAUUCACCGUGGUCUAUAUGAUUCUUUGAGGAGUAAACUAGGUGAAGCUCAACGUGAUCCAACCCUGAGACUUGUAGCUACAAUGUUGAGAUGUUUUGGAGUUGAUUGGGCCCUAGGACAGACUGGUGAUAAGAGAAAAUUCUUUCUUCUGCUUGUUCACCUUGCUUGUGUGGAGACAAGGAUGACUCUUGAAAAUACUAGCCCACAAUAUAUCCACUCCAAGACAUCUGUUCUUCUAUCCUGUUACACGUUACUGGAGGUUAGCAUUCAAUAUUUGACAUGUGGACCAUCAUUGGAGCUUGAUAGACAGCAGGUUAUACAAUUGCAUUCAGCGAUGACUGGAGCAUUCAGUGCUCUUAUGUUUUAUAUGAAUUCAGUCAAAGAUCAAGAAGAACAGAUAACCAAUGCACUGAUGAGAGCUACUGUUCAUGUUUUAACUGUUUGGUUGGCUGAGGAGACUACUGCUUUAAGACAAGAAGUCUACAAACUUCUCCCCUUCAUCCUCAAAGUUGUUCAAAAAUCUUAUAAGGAGGUUGCCCAGGCAACGGUCUGUACAUCACCAUCAUCAACAUCAGCAUCAUCUCUCAGUGACAUGGGAUCUCUGUCUAUGUCUCCUUCAACUUCUUCUAUCCCUUCAUCAUCGAUCCCAUCAACCUCAACCCCAUCUACCAGUACACUACCACCAUACUCUUCAUGGGAGUCUGAUCUACCGGUAGUAGCUCCACCUGCUAAGGAUCUGUUAAGGCUCUUACUACCAGCCCUAUGUCAUCUCACUGCUGAGGACGAACCAAGGAGGAUCUUGAGGGAGUGCAAAGGUUUAGAGCUUCUCCUGGAAUACUUUGCAUAUCACUGGAGACUGGUCAAUGAACUCAAGAGAAAAGAGUCAGAGGUAGGGAUCAUGUUUUUUUUUUCUCAAAUUUGCAAGAUGCAUAAAUUCAACUUAUUUUUGUGGCCUGCCUUCGUAUGGACAGAUGGAUGGAUGUCUCUUGUUGACCAUUUCAAUUCAAACAGGUGAACCUGACCAAGAAAGCAAACCUUGAUUUUGAUGCUGCUUGGCAUGUUAGUAGUGCCAGGUACAAGUCUAACCCAUGCAAAUCGAUUACGGAAUAUGUUCAUGUUAAUGACCUCAUUUGCAUAUUUCUUCUGAUUGACUAAUAAGGACAGGUAAAGUUUAACCCCUUUCCAUUGUCUGAUUUCAGUGCAGGAGUGCAGCCCACAGGUUUAUAUGUAGCAAGCGUGAAACCCACAAAUCUCAAAACUCUAAUUUACUAUCAAUAACUGGGAUAUACCCAUUUGAUUUGCUAGUUCAUUACGAUUAACUUGCGUGCCG